GCGCCCUCCAAAGCCAUCGAGAAUAUUAUGGAACAAAUCGCUGAUAUGUGGAGCCGAGAGAAGCCAAAGGCUUCGCCCGAUGUGUCGACGCCUAUAAAUAAAAUGAAGAAAUCUGUCUCAAAAAUAUUGAUUUCUCAAAACUCGCCAUUCCUUCGGACGCCAAUAGCUGACAAUAAAAGCGGCAAAAAAGGCAAACAGUUAUCCAAAACAGUUUAUCCUACGCCUAAAGCCAUUGAAUUGAACGACAGGAGUGCCGCCAAACACAAGUCUAAAGCCAAUGUCGAGCCCUCGACGCGAACCAGAAGUGCUUUAAAAGGAGCGAAACAAACGAAUCAAAUGAAUUCAACGCAAAACGAAUUACUUUUAGUCCUCGAAACGCCUCAAAUCAAACACAAAUCGUUGUCCAGUAAAAGCAAAACUAAUUUAGACGUGAGUUCUGUGGGAAACUAUUUCACUCCGACGUCAAUACUCAAAGUCAAACAAUUGAUGAGACGAUCUGUGAGUCCAUCGCUUAUAUCGCCAUCCAUUUCGACUAAAAGUACUCCGAAUAAGACAUUAGAGUCGACUACACUUCAGCAGAGACUCCGGUUUUCAGGAAUUCCUGAAAAUUCUUUCACUGAAGACAGCGUUGAAAACGCGAGAUUAGCGACAGUUAAGGACACAUUUCUAUUGAAGUCAUUGAAAACUACUUGCGAACCAAUCGAAGACUUGGAUGAAUCGGUUCCAAUGGAUGUCACAAAUCAAACCAAUCUCAUUGAAUUUGAUACCACUUUGACUGAAACCAAUGUUAAGUCUGGUUUAGAUACACCAGAAAUGAGAUCUGGUUUAGAUAUACAGCAAAUGAGAUCAGGCUAUGUCUUCUCUCCUCCACAGACCCGCUCUUCAGCUAAAAAAAUACAACAAAAGAAAGAAUAUAGAAAUGUUGAAAUUGAGAUGUUAUCGGAAACGGGAGAUAAGCCUGAGUUUGCAUUCUCUUUAUUAGAGGAGCAGAAAAAGCCGACAAAACAGAAGAAGAAUAAACCCAAGAAAGAAAAACAGAAGAAAGAGAUACCAAUUGAAUCGGUGGAAAUGGUAGUCGAAGCGGAAGAGUCACUUCCAGCAACUUCUCAAGAGUUAACCAUUGAAUCGCUGGUUAGAGAGACUCCGAGUCGAUCGCCAACACCCGCCUCGUAUGUGGAGGACUCGGACGGGAAGAGUGAUACAUCGCAAGUGUCGUCCAGUAAGGCGUCCACACGUUCUUCACGUUCAUCGAGAACUCCAACCAAAAAAACGGUUAAGAAAGGAUCGGCGAAGCUGACCUUACAUACCGGCGUCUGGUCUCAUCUCCGGCGGAAGAUUGUGGUGCCGUUGAGUUGUCUCUUCACACCGUUGAAGGAGUCGUCUUCGCGACCGCUGCCGCAGAUACAGUACGAACCCGUCCUCUGCAGCCGACAGAACUGUCGGGCGGUUCUCAACCCUUAUUGUCAGGUGGACUUCAAGGGCCGGAUGUGGAUCUGCAACUUCUGCUUCAACCGCAACGCCUUUCCCGCCCAAUACGCGGCCAUCAGUGAGACCUGUCGUCCCGCAGAACUCCAGUACUCGUCGCUGGACUACACGAUAGUUCGGGCGCCGAUCACUUGUCCACCCAUUUUCCUGUAUGUCAUCGACACGUGUCUCGACGAAGAAGAGCUGACAGCUCUGAAGGGAACCAUUCAGAUGUCUCUAUCGCUACUUCCGGCCAACGCUUUGGUCGGACUCUUGACGUUCGGCCGAAUCAUCAGUUUAUGGGAAUUAAACGAAAACUGUUUGCGAUCUUUCGUUUUCCAGGGAAGCAAAGACUAUACGGCCAAACAGAUCCAGGAGUGGCUCGGCUUGAGUCCAACCGCCGGUCAGACACCACAACCCGGACAACAACCACAACAGCCGAACGCUCCCAAAAACAACGCCUCGAAGUUCUUGCAACCCGUGGGUCAAUGCGAUUCAAUCCUAACCGAUAUCAUCGAACAGAUGACUCGUGACCUCUGGCCGACACCGCAGGGCAAGCGGCCGAUGCGCGCCACCGGAGCCGCGCUUUCCAUAGCGGUUAGUCUUCUGGAAGUGGCGUAUCCUAACUGUGGCGCCCGCGUAAUGAUGUUCAUCGGCGGACCGGCGACUAUAGGGCCCGGAAUGAUAAUCGACGACGACUUGAAGAAUACGAUUCGCUCGCAUCACGACAUCGAGAAGGAUCAGGUGAAGUACAUGAAGAAAGGCAACAAACACUACCAGACGUUGGCUCAGAGGGCGGCCGUCAACGGCCACACCGUCGACAUCUACUCUUGCGCUUUGGAUCAGACGGGUCUUCACGAAAUGAAAUACUGUGUCAACUCUACGGGCGGUCUCAUGAUUAUGGCCGACUCCUUCGACUCCAGUCUCUUCAAGACAUCCUUCCAGAGAGUGUUCGCAAAGGACUCGAAAAAUCUAUUAAAAAUGGGUUUCAAUGCGAUUCUGGAGGUGAAGACAUCGCGGGAACUGAAGGUGUCGGGAGCUAUUGGUUCGUGUGUAAGCAUGAAUGUACGGAACCAAUACGUGAGCGACACUGAGAUCGGUAUCGGCGCCACCGCUCAGUGGAAGUUCUGUGCGUUGAACCCAACGAUGACCACCGCCUUCUACUUCGAUGUCGUGCAGACACAAGCGCUCGCACAACAGCAGCAACAAAGGGGUUAUAUUCAGUUCAUCACACAAUACCAGGGAAUGGAUGGCUUCCGACACGUGAGGGUCACAACUGUUGGCCGCAAUUUCGGUGCCAAUGAUUACGCCUUCGAUCAGGAGUGCGCGUGUGUUGUGAUCGCACGGCUGGCCUGUCAUAGGGCUCAAGUGGAGUCCAACGGACCCGAUGUCCUCCGAUGGCUGGACAGAAAUCUCAUCCGUUUGUGUCAGAAGUUUGGCGAAUACCGUAAAGACAGUCCGGAAUCGUUUCAAUUGGCGCCAAACUAUUCAAUGUUUCCGCAGUUUAUGUUUCACUUAAGGCGCUCUCAAUUCAUACAAGUCUUUAACAACAGUCCCGACGAGACGUCGUUCUACAGACACUCGCUGUUCCGCGAAGACUGCUAUAACUCGUUGGUUAUGAUUCAGCCGACACUCUUGGCCUACAGUUUCAAUGAGGCCACACAAGCCGUACUGUUGGACACGUCGUCCAUACAGCCCGAGCGCAUACUAUUGAUGGACACAUUCUUCCAUAUCGUUAUAUUCCGCGGAGAGACGAUCGCUCAGUGGAAGAAAGCCGGUUAUGACAAACAGGCCGGCUAUGAGGCGUUCGGCCAACUCUUGGAGGCGCCCAUCAACGACGCCAACGACCUGAUGGUCACCCGCUUUCCAUUGCCGCGGUAUAUAGUGUGCGAUCAGGGCUCGAGUCAGGCCCGCUUCCUGCUCUCCAAAGUGAACCCAUCGAUGACACACAACACCACAAUCGGCUAUUACGGCGACCCCAACGCCGGCGCCUCCGCACCCGUACUCACCGACGAUGUGUCGCUUCAAGUAUUUAUGGAGCACUUGAAGAAGUUAGCCGUCAAUCAGAGCUCUAAUUAGAUAACGAUUUUCCAGCGAUUGUUAUAUUUUAAAAAUUCACUUUAAAAUUAUUUGUUUUUUUGUGCGGAAAUCAUAAUUUAAAACACCUUUUAUUUGACACAAAAUAUUAAUUAUAAUUAUAUGAAAAAUAAAUCUUUGUUUUAUUUAUUUGUGAAGAAACGGAAGAAAACAAAUAAUGUUAUGAUUUUUUGCUAUAUAUUUAAUUUGAUUUUUAGCCAAUUAUUAAAUAUUUUUAUAAUUUAAAAA